AACCUUUCCUUCCGAAGCACUCGCAGCUGUCAAACAAACCCAAACAACGCGCGUUCUCAAUUUGCGGUGCUUUGUGCAAAACUUUCCGCUAGCUUUUCCAUUAGAAAACUAAAGAUAUUCCGUAGAAAAUGUCGAAAGCGCAUCCCCCAGAGUUGAAAAAGUACAUGGACAAGCGGCUUUCGCUGAAGCUUAAUGGUGGACGUGUUGUUUCCGGCAUUCUGCGUGGUUUCGACCCGUUCAUGAACGUUGUGGUGGAUGAAUCGAUCGAGGAGUGCAAGGACGGUACCCGGAACAACAUCGGAAUGGUGGUUAUUCGGGGCAACAGUAUCAUCAUGGUGGAAGCAUUAGAUAGGAUAUAGUAUGGUGCCGGAUCUAUAAUCUUCGAAUAAAUCUAAACAUUCACAUAAAACAUUUA